AUGAGGGUCAGCAUACUUUCAGCCCUCACGCUCCUCUUCCGAGCAUUGGCGUCUGCAGCUCCUGCUCCUGUCCCUCAAGAAGCAGUAUCAACAACCACCCUUCCGGACGGCGCUACUACAGUGUUGCCGGUUGUUGCGUCGACAAACACCUCAGUCGCUAGUGAUCAACUUGAUGAUCUUGCUUCGUUUGCCGCUGACUAUACAAACUCGACGUUCAAUGAAGCAAGUAGCAAGCAAAAAAGAGGAGGAUGUACACUCAGCAACUUGUCCAUUCGGAGAGAAUGGGGUACUCUCUCAGCGACUGAGCAAGAAGCUUACACAAAAGCUGCACUUUGCCUCCAGGCAAAACAAGCAAAAACUCCUUCGAGCCUAAUCCCUGGAGCCAAGAGUCGGUUCGAUGACUUCGUCGGAACUCACAUCAACCAAACCAUGACCAUCCAUUACACCGGAACCUUCCUCGCUUGGCACCGGUACUUCACCUGGUCGUAUGAGCAGGCAUUGCGCAAUGAGUGCGGGUAUACUGGUACUCAGCCAUACUGGAAUUGGGGCAAGACCGCUGAAACAGGCGUUGAAUCGUCUCCCAUCUUUGAUGGAUCGGCCACGUCCAUGUCCGGCAACGGCGCUUAUGUCGCUGGUGAAGGUAAUGUUGUUCUAGGUGGAAAUGGCCUGCCGGAUCUACUCCUUCCUCGCGGGUCGGGAGGCGGAUGCGUCACAAGUGGUCCUUUUAAAGACAUGAAGGUGAACCUCGGACCAGUUUCUCUUGGCUUGACCAAUGGGACCAGCGAAUCGAACGGAGAUGGUCUGUCAUACAACCCGCGUUGUCUGAAGCGCGACCUUACCACCGCUGUCAACCAAAAGUAUGCAAAUGCGACGGCCAUCGUUAACCAGAUCCUCAAGCCGAAGGAUGUGUACGACUUCCAGAUGACGAUGCAAGGUUACCCUGGCAGUGGAAACAUUGGUGUUCACGGUGGUGGUCACUAUACUAUCGGAGGUGACCCAGGCCGUGACUUAUUCGUCUCCCCUGGCGAUCCUGUUUUUUAUCUGCAUCAUGGAAUGAUUGAUCGCACUUGGUGGAUCUGGCAAACCUUAGAUAUUCAGGAACGGACCGGUGCGCAGGGUAUCUCAGGGACUGGAACUUUCCUCGACUCUCCUCCAUCUGCCAACACGACGCUUGAUACUGUUAUAGACCUUGGAUAUGCCGCCGGCCCACCAGUCACUAUGCGCGAUCUGAUGAGCACGACAUCCGGCCCGUUUUGCUACAUCUAUCUAUAG